UUGGGGAGUAACAUGCAAGUGAAUAUAUGGCACUAGGUAGAAGAGAGUAGAGAAUAUAACCAAUCAAACUGUAUUAAUACUCUGGCGAUGCACUACUUUUCUUGUUCCCAAUGUAAGGAAUCCCGCCAAGGAGAACCAUAAAACAGGGCAAAGGCAAACAGAUGUUGAAGACAAAAGAAACCUUUUAUCCCACACUUAAUCCAGCUAAUCUUUCUCAUUUUUCCACUUUAUUCCGAUUCCCAUACAUGCAGGAAGGAUUGAUUUGUGGGUUUAUAUACGUACGAGUAGUUCCUGUUUCUCCUGAGUAAACAAUCUUCUUCUGUGAUUCUGCUCUUCACCUUGUGUAGCAUCCUUCUGUGAUUCACUCCACAUUGUGUAGCAACCAUGGUGAAAAAUGCAGAUGUUGUCGUAUGUCUUCUGAUCAUGGUUAUGGACAUUGUAGCUGGUGUUCUUGGUAUCCAGGCGGAGGUUGCUCAGAAUAAGGCUCAAAACCUGAGAGUAUGGAUUUUUGAGUGCCGAGAUCCCAGCUACCAGGCUUUCAAACUUGGAUUGGCUGCAGUGGUGCUCCUGUGCCUAGCACAUGUUUUAACCAACUUGAUGGGAGGAUGCAUCUUCAUUAGAUCUAAAGAAGAAUUGGAUGGAGCUUCUCCAAACAAGCAGCUUGCUGCUGCCUCCCUCUUCAUGGCAUGGAUUAUGUUGGCCAUUGCAUUCAUCUUGCUAAUCUCAGGAACAUUAGCAAACUCAAAAUCUAGAAAGGACUGUGGAAUCGCCCAUCAUAGGCAACUCUCCAUUGGAGGGAUUUUGUGCUUUAUUCAUGGACUAUUUGCGGUUGCCUACUAUGUUUCUGCAGCAGCAGUCAUUCAAGAAGAAAGGAAAGAGCAUCCACAUGAAAGCCAAGACAACAAACCAAAUCAACAAGGAGUACCUGCCUGACAUUUCAUCUAGCUUCCCACUACAAAAGUUCACAAAUUUCAACUUCUUCCUGUAACUGCACUGACUUAGGGCCUUUGGCAACUUCACGGCAACAUUUUUCUCUUUCAAGGUUUUACUUACUUUUAUGUUUUCAUAUCGCCAAUUGGUGGGUUUUACUCUGUAUCCAUGAGUAUCUCAUUCUUCUAUCCCACGACAUAUUGUUCUCUUUCUGGAAA